AUGUGUAUAUGUGUGUAUGGUCUCAGACGUUCCGGACGAGGUCAUUGUCUGUGCUGUCUAGCUUGUGCUGCUGUAGCGAUUUGGAUUCGAGACCCCGAACUCUUCGAAAGACUGGUAAAAUUCGACAAUGUAUCUAGUCAGCAUAUUGCGCUGGAGGACGAGGUGGCUGCUGCAGCGGCUGCUUGUCUCACCUGCGGUGACCACCCCUAUGGCGAGCCAGAUCAUCCAUUUGUCCGACAUUGGAGGAGAAUGGUGGUAAAGGAUAUGUCUGCGUUCGAUAACGAGGCCUGGAUAGCGCCCCUGGUGUGGGAUGGGGGAUCUUGGCUGAGGGUUUUAGCUGGGCAAAACUAG